GAGUGGGGGGAGGAGAGGAGGGCAUGAGGGACCGUCUGUCGCGGGACGGUCUGGGCAGCUAGGGCGCUGGGCCGGGAGGAGGCGGCUGGAGCAAUAACAGGCGGAACAACAACAACAGCCGUGCCGCCCGCCCGCCCGCGGAGAGCAGCGCGAGCCCAGCCCAGCCCAGCCCCGCCGUGCCGCCGCUGCCGCCGCCGCCGCCGCGCCGCCCCGCGCCGUGCAACCACCGGCCCCCCGCGCCCGCGCCCGCGAUGGCCCUGCGGAGCCCCGAGUCCCGAGGACAGAAGGGGCCCUGGGAGGCGGAGGCGGAGGCGGAGGCAAAGGAGCCGGCCAGCAGCCCCGAGCCAGAGCUCACGGUGAGCACCCGCGGCCCCGGCUCCGGCCCCGGCCCGGGCUUCCAGCCCCCCGAGGGGGGCUACGGCUGGCUCGUGGUGUUCGCCGCCACCUGGUGCAACGGCUCCAUAUUCGGCAUCCAGAACUCCUUCGGGAUCAUCUACACCCUGCUGCUCCAGGACGAGGAAGGCGACAAGAGCCAGCAGGAGUUUAAGGCAGCAUGGGUCGGAGCCCUGGCUAUGGGGAUGAUCUUCUUGUGUUCCCCCAUCGUGAGCAUCUUCACAGACCGGAUGGGCUGCAGAAUCCCAGCGACGGCCGGGGCAGCUGUUGCUUUCAUCGGCCUCCUCGCCAGUUCCUUCACCAACUCCCUGGAGGCCCGCUUCUUCACCUACGGCAUCCUCUUUGGCUGUGGGAGUUCCUUUGCUUUCCAGCCUUCUCUCGUCAUCCUGGGCCACUACUUCCAGCGGCGCCUGGGCCUGGCCAACGGCGUGGUGGCUGCUGCCAGCAGCCUCUUCUCCAUGUCCUUCCCCUUCCUGAUGAAGGUCCUGGGGGAGAAGAUCCAGUUGGCACACACCCUGCAGGUACUCAGCGUCUUCAUGCUGAUCCUCAUGCUCCUGUCACUCACCUACCGGCCCCUCCUGCCCACAACCCACAACCCCCGGGCCAAGCUGGGACGAAGCUUUCAGCAGCAGUGCCUGGGCCACUUGACCAACUACUGCAACAUGAGGGUCUUCUAUCACAGAACCUAUCGUAUCUGGGCAUUUGGCAUUGCCACAGCAGCUCUGGGCUAUUUCAUCCCCUACGUGCACUUGAUGAAGUACGUGGACAAGCAGUUCACCGGAGAGAAGAUGAUCAAGGACACCUGGGUCCUCUUGGUGUGUAUCGGGGCCACCUCAGGCAUUGGGCGCUUGGUGUCCGGCCGGAUCAGCGAUUCCAUUCCUGGAUUAAAGAAGAUCUACCUACAGGUCAUCGCCUUUAUGCUCCUGGGCCUAAUGUGUAUGAUGAUUCCCCUGUGCAAGGGCUUUGGUGGCCUCAUCGUUGUCUGCCUCUUCCUUGGCCUAUGUGACGGCUUCUUCACCACCAUCAUGGCACCCGUUGCCUUCGAACUAGUCGGGCCCAUGCAGGCAUCUCAGGCCAUUGGCUACCUCCUAGGCAUGAUGGCACUGCCCAUGACCGCCGGGCCCCCCAUAGCAGGUCUCCUCCACAACUGUUUUGAGAACUACCAUGUGGCCUUCUACUUUGCGGGCAUUCCCCCCAUCAUUGGAGGCAUAAUCCUCUUCUUUGUUCCACUGUUCCAUCGGAAAAUGCCCAAGAAACAGGAAAUGGACUCCAGCAAGGACAAGAUGCUGGCCUCAGACACCAUCAUGAAUGGAGAGCUGCUGCCCGGGGCCCCUGCCACAGAGGCUCACAUCUAACACCCUGCCCCCAUCGCUGCCUCUCCCUGGCAUUCGCCCUCUGGCCUCCAGCACCUCUCCCUCAACCCAGCCGCGGGCACUUCCUACACCCUACCUCGGGUGCUCUGCAUUCAUUAGCCAAGUUCUCCCCAUUUAAUGCCUUGUACCUUUCCAGUGCCAUGGCUUGGAAAGUCUCUCUCUAGGGUGGCUUUUCUCUUGACUUUUGGACUUCCCCCCAGGAGUCUUCUGAUCUCUCAAUGAAGUCGAGGAGUUGUUAUAGCAUCCUGACCCCAUGUUGGGCCACCAACUUCUGGUAAUGGUCACUUGGCUCCCAGGAGCCUUGGGGGGAGAUCCAGGCCCCUGAGUGCUAACGAGAUAGUCACCUGUACUGUCCAUCUGCCUCUGGGAAUCAUGGGAAGGAAGCAAAUUCAGAUGUCACCGAAUGCUCUAGUAUCCCCCGACUUUGAGUGAUGCCACUCAUCAAGCUAUUGGGAAGCCCCGACUGCUGGUUCUUGCCACACUAGUACACCAGUGCGCCACUGGGAGGGCUUGGCUGGCUGGCUAUCCCCUCUCCCCCAGAGGCAGUUGCUUCUUCCUUCUCUUUUUCCUUCCUCUGCUUCUUCUCUCCCUCCCUUCUUCCUUUCCUCUGUUUCUUCUUGUUAUAGGAUGCUGGGGCAGAGGAGCAAUCUGACCAACUAACAAGCAUCUCUUAAGUGCCAGGAACUGUGCUAGGUGCUAGUGACUGUGCCCUUCCAAGUUCAGGGUAGUCCAACCCAUCCCACCAGCACCAGAUCCACGCUGUGACGUAAAUGGCUCUGUGUGGGCCCCGGUCAGUCGCAGCAGACACUGGUCCCUUCUUUAGUUUUCCCCACACACAAAACAAGGUGGGUUGGACUCUCUGGUUUCUUUGAGGUUUUCCUCCACUUCUAAAUCCUUGAAUUCCAACAACCACGUUUUCUUGGGGUGGGGCAAGGACCGGUUGAGUUUCUCCUCUUUGACCAUUGAUCCUCAGGGGUCCUCUAGACACCAGGCUUGGAGUUAGCUGGGACGAACAGGGGUGUCCUCCAAGAACACUUUCUUCUCCUCCUCAUCUCCAGCUCAGCAAUCCUUGAGCUUCUUGGCCCCCCAUUGAUGGGUGACGGGUGCUCCCCCACCCGUUGCCACCAGAGUGCUUGACAAGUGAAAGGAGCCUGGCUAUUAAGAACCUCUGAAUGUUUGCUGGCAACAAAAUGAACGUAGGCCUAGGCCUCUGCCAUCCUCAUUCAGGGGCAUCACUUGCUCAUCCCAAGGCUAGACCCAUUCCAUAAACAUGCAGCAGAGGGAAGGCCAUAGUGCAUUCAGGCCAUUGGAAUUCUCUGAUCUAAGCGGGCCCCUGUCCUCACGCCUCCCUCCGGGAGUUAUUCUAAGAAGCCCUGGGCACAUACCCUGUGUCACAGCUGAGCCCCAUUCCAGCUCCAUCCUUCAGCUUAUGUAGCCUUGGUCGAGGCCCUUCCCCACUUGAGGACUGAGCUUGCUCUUAGAAAGUGUCGUGAGCCUGGGCUAGGACUGUCAUACAGGUCAGUAUUGUGGGGAAAGGGCUACAGGCCCCUACAGUGCUGCACCCCAAGCCCCUGUAGAGAAUGCCUGCAAUAUGGAGACAGAGGUGGCACGUGGGAGGCUUUCAUUAGAUAGCCGAGAGCCAGCUUCAGUUAUUUGGGGGGAAACUCGUUCACGUCCGUCCUGACCCCACUGCCACACCAAGGCUCUCUGGACCGCUCUGUUUAGGAGGCGGGAUGAGGGAGCUGGCACAUGCCCAGCAGUGAGGGGCACCGAGACAGGGGUCUGACCCCAGCUAAUGCCGGCACAAAAGUUGCCAGGAGCAGACAGCACUGGCCCAGGCCUCUCUCUGUGAGCAGAUGCCAACUUCUUGCCCCUGCCCAGGCCCUGGGCAGCAGUCCUGCUGAAUACCGCCCCAAGAACAAAGGGAACCAUCAGGGCCACUUGAAGACUUGUUCAUUAGGCUUGGAAUAGCAACACUAGGCCUCCUUCCCAGCCUCUCUCCACUUGGGCAUGUGGCCUCUCUCUGUGUCCCCACUUUGGCUGUUGCUCUGGGCUGUCAUCAGUGUGGCAGUGAAUGAGGGCCCCUGGGACCUUUGAUCCCUCUGCCCUCCAGGGCCAUGAGGUCACGGAAGGGCCCUGGAAGCCCCUACAUUUCCCCUUCUGCACUCUGGCUCCUCUGAAACCAACCCGUUCAACCAAACAUGGGAAAGAGACAAUCCCACACUGAGGUUGUUUUCCCAAACCAUGAAGUUUUACUUUACAAACUGGCAGCCAGGAGGGCCUUGGCCAGGACAAGGGUUGGCGCCUAACUUCUUCCCAGUCCAGGGCCCUCGGCCCCUUUGGCUAGGUACCCCCGCCCCCGCCCCUUUUCCGGCAGCAGCACAGUGUCAUGGAAAGAACACUGGAUUUGGAGGCCAAAAAACUGCCUCAGAAUCUCAGCUCUGUUGCUGGGUGAACUUUAGAGAGACCCUUCCCUUCUCUGGGCCUCAGUUUCCUCACCUUUAAAAGGAGACCAUUGAAGUUAGAAGAUCACUAAGGCUGCCUUCUAGCUCCAAAAUCCUGUCAUCUGUAGCAACUGAGGCACUCCAGGCCUAAGGCUUACUGAUCCAGAAGGGUGGGCAGGGGCUGGGAAUGAGCAAGCGUGGGGUUUUGUUUUGAAUGCUUGGAGACUUCCUUCCUACCAAGGGUGGCCUGGUUCUGCCUUGGAAGAAGAUGAUAGACUUCCAGGCACCUGUAAUGUCUAGGAAUUUCCCUGUAAUGGCUGUUGAUAACUUCAGGGCAGCCAUCAGACCUCCCCUCCUCCAAAGAGGGCUUUCCCUCUUGGGCUCUUAGCUGGCCCCACAAUGGCCCCACUGACUGAUGGGGAACGUAGGUAGCCCUUGAUCAGUUCCUACUGCUUCAGGUGGUUAAGAGAAGUCUAACCUCUCCUUCUUGUCUGGAUGAAGGAUGGGAGGCCCCGGGCCCACUUGCCCUGAGCAGCCAAGGCCACAGGGUAGAAGGUGCCUGUGCGCCUCUCCCCAAUCUGCGUCUGUACUUGGCCUGGCAGGGCUUUAUGGAAAGUUGGCCACAGGAGCGUAACAUUCAUCUUCAUUGUAGUGAGCGGCCAGGCUCUUGCACGAAGGCUGGGACCCAAGCAGCAGAAUGGGUUGGAAGUCAUUGGGGGGCAGUGGAGGGUUAGAGGAACUCCUGAAAUGGCCCCAUUGAGUCUUCUCCAGCAGAAACAGACCUCCUUGCUGCCUGCGGCUCAGGGCCGUGGACAUUGAAAUCCUGGAGGAGUUUGGGACAAAUAAACAAAUCUGCAAACUUCGCCUUGGUAUGUGCACUGGCUCCCAGGGUGCAACAAACUUGACCCUGUGAACAGCAGGAAGUUUGGCUUUGGGACCAAGGAGGCCACAGGCUUGUUUGAAAUCCCCCAAUCUGUCGGGGUCCGUAUUCUCUGCCAGAGCGGAAAUUGGAAGCGGAGCCAUGCAGGGGACUGGGUUGGGCUGUUUUGGGUUAGAUUCUUUUUUCUCGGCUCAAAUGGAAAAUGUGGUGCCUUUCAAAAACGGGAACCCCUGGGGCAGCUAUCGUAGCCUCAUUCCUCCAGCCAGGUAGCAGCAGCCCGAGAGGCCACAUGGUGGUGAGGUGCUCCCCCUCUUCCCUCGCCUAGUGGUGGAAUCAUCCAUAGUGAGAGUGGGCCCAAAUCCUGGUGCCACGGCGGGCUCUCAGUGGCCAUUCCUGAGGAUGCCCCGUACAGGGAGGCUACAUACGACAAAGCCGGGUUUCCCUUCAGUUCAGUUCAUUUUUUUAACUUUAACAUUUUUUUGUGAUUGCCAAAGCGUUUCUUGUCUCUUCUAACUCCCUCCCCACUCAAUGAAAGUUGUUACGGAUCAAGGAAAUUGCCCCGUCCCCGAGGGACCAGGGGAUAUGACGUUGAGUCCUAAGGAAAGAUCUGCCAACACUGGAAUUUGGGGGGCUUGGAGGGGAGUCACACAGGGGAGGUAGGCUUACAAGGACCCAUAAAUAGCAUGCCUUGUAUGUGACCUCACUGGCUUCAAAUGCCACCUCGGUUUCUUGGUUCUAUGACUUUGGGGCAAGUCGUCUCCCAUCUUUGAGUGGCCCAGACAGUCACUGAGGGCUGUUUCCUUCCAUUGGACCAAUCCACAAAUGCCACCCCCAAGUGAAAGAUACCAAGCUGGGCAUCCGUCCCUUUGCCCUGUGGAAGAGGGAAUCCUGAAUGAGCUAGAGAGAUCACCGUAGCUGCCCCCCCCCCCGCCGUGUCCCCUAGCCUCCACGCAGCACCCAAAAGACGGACGGGGAUUUAGCGAAAAUGGGGGAUGGAUGCCUUGUCUCCCUGUCACCUCUGCCUGGUGAGAAGAAAGCCAAGCCUUGGGAGGUUUUCCCAGUUCAUUCUCCCUGCAGGGUAAUGUGGUUUCUUGUCUGACCCUGGUGCCAGACUAAUGCCGCUCUCCUCCAACCCCCCAGCUCUCAUUCCUCGCUCCUAGCUGCCAGCCAAGGUCAAAGGGCUGCUCCCUGGCCUUCGCCCAAUCCAAGCCCUCACCCUUACCCGUACCUCAGCCCUCCACAAGCCCUGAGGCCUCAGCUUGUGUUUGAUCCCCUCGAAUCAUUAGAUUUCAAAGCUAAAGAAUCCCAUCAUUUUUAUGAGUGUUUUCUCUCCUCCCUUUCAUCUCUGGGAAGGCGGCAGACCCGCCUCCUGCACAUGGCAGCCUCAGUUGCUGGCUUCUUUGAGAGCCGUAAGAAAGGUGCCAGCACUUGAGGGGUUAAACAACGCCUUGUGGUAGAGGCACAAUGCCUUAGAAGGUCUCUUUUGCCUGGUGAACACCUCUGGCAGGGGCACAGAUACAGGCCCAGGAGAUCCAUUCAACAGCCAGAACUGAAGCUCGAGGGAGGCCUGAUUCUUCUGGGCCACAGCUACUGUCUGCUUGUCCUGGCCCAGAGCAGGCCCAAGGUCACUUCCAAGCUUGCCUGCCCUAAAUCUUGUGCUCACCUCGAGUAGCCUCUGGAAUUAUCCCCGAGUCCACACUGUUCCACUGUCUUUGGGGUCGGGCCUAGUACAGUCUGCUCUGCCAUCUCCCAGAGGACGUUGUCUUCUUGGGAGGCCCCAGCGUUCCUCUGUGUCUGGUUCUCCCUCCCACCAGCAAAGCCUGGCAGGAAGAUUCCAGUGGCCCUAGCGUUCCCUCUUUGCCUCUCAUCCUACCUGAGGCUGUUGGGCUGGCCCCACUCAGAAGGCCACUCGGGCCCCUGCUUGGCUCCCUUAGAGCACCGGCCCUGUCUCCCGUUCCACAAAGGCCCAGGGCACAGCCUUCCCAGCAGCAGCCUGACUAGGCCUUUGUCCUGGGCCCUCUCCACGUCUGAGGGCGAGCUGGCCUUCUCCACCUAUCAUACCUGGCCUGGCCUCCCCCUUGUGUAGUUGUGUAUCCAUAUGUAGCUUCCUCCUUCAGUUUACUGAGCUUUUCUCUGAUGUUGUUGCAAAACCCAGCGGCUCGCUCCCACGUUGGGCCUCUUCCUCAGCCAAGAGCCACCCUGAGAUCAUUAUAUUCUGCACCUCUCAAGUAUUGUAUUAAAGAGUGACAAUCCUU